CAGACGCCGUCUGAACGACUGUACUGGGAGUGUUUGAUGGCUACCUAGGCUACUGAGCACGACGUCCAGUCAUUUGUCGUAUUUAAAGAGGGAUCGGUGUUUUUUUGAGGCCGAGAAAACGAAAACACCGCUUUACAUUCAACGAUGAAGGUAGUCGACUGAACGUGGACCCUGCUAACUUUUAACCGCUAACGUUAAACGAGACUUGGUCGUCGAGCAAAAUCCAACUUCAUCGAUCGCGGAUAACGUAAACUCUUCUGAAAAUACCCUCAACGGAAGUCUAAAAAGGAUCAAGAGAAGUGCUUGAAGACUUGGACUCGAUGUCACACGAAGAACUGCAUGACUGUACCUGGACAGCAGCCCUUUGUACCUGUUGUCCCUCGACAACCUACAGUCUGUAGGAGUUAGCUGCGUACUUAACCGUCGGCUAACUGUAGCACGCGAGCUAAUGUCGGGUGCAUUAGCAGGCAUGCUAGCAGCAUAGUAUUGUGCUACUGCCAGGACUUUACCACUUACCAGUGCAACUUUGUAUGGCAAUGUCUUUAAUACGUUUUUGCAACAGGUAAACCUUUUGGAAAUAUGUCAAAGCAGUAAAAAAAAAUUAAAAGUUAGGCCAUAAUUCUCUUGUUUUUGGAACUGCGGGAAUGCCAUGAGUAGUAAUCUGCCUUUUUUUGGUUCGUGUUUUGAAGACUGCCCUCGUGUUCCAGAGUACUGGCUAGUUAUCCGGAUGAUGCGGUCUUUUGGCACAGUCUAACCCCCCCCCCCCCCCCCCCAAGUACCGAGCGACCAUGUUGGAUCAUACAGAAUAGCAUCACACUUGGAAGGGGAGAGGAGUUUACGGCCGUGCGGUUGGCGCUGUCCUUUUUGUGUGCUAAUGCGAACAGAAGAGGAAACCUUUGAUUUGUCCGAGGGAUACGAAUAGCUCGUCUGAAGUCUCCAUCGCUUUAUGCAUCAAAAUGUCGGCCAUCUCUGCAUCCGAGAAAGUGGACGGGUUUACGAGAAAGUCCAUGAGGAAGGCCCAGAAACAGAGGAAAUCCCAGGGCUCGUCUCAGUACCGCACGCAGAGCGCUCCGGUGGAGCUGUCGCCGCUGCCGCAGCUCAAAGAUGCCCCCUCCACAGAGCAGCAGGAGCUGUUCACCCAGAAACUCCAGCAGUGCUGCAUGCUCUUCGACUUCCUGGACUCGGUGAUGGACCUGAAGAGCAAGGAGAUCAAGAGGGCCACUCUCAACGAGCUGGUGGACUAUGUUUCCACCAACAGAGGGGUGCUGGUCGAAUCUACGUACCCAGAGAUCACCAAUAUGAUCUGCACCAAUAUAUUCCGAACUCUUCCACCAAGUGACAACCCAGAUUUUGACCCAGAGGAGGAUGAACCCACUCUAGAGGCUUCCUGGCCUCACAUUCAACUGGUCUACGAGUUUCUGCUGCGCUUUCUAGAGAACCCAGACUUCCAGCCCAGCAUUGCAAAGCGCCACAUCGAUCAGAAAUUUGUUCUGCAGCUCCUAGAGCUGUUUGACAGUGAGGAUCCGAGGGAGAGGGACUUCCUGAAGACCAUUCUGCAUCGGAUUUAUGGAAAGUUCCUGGGGUUGCGUGCCUUCAUCAGGAAGCAGAUCAACAACAUUUUCUUGCGGUUCAUCUAUGAAACUGAGCACUUCAACGGUGUUGCUGAGCUUCUAGAAAUCCUGGGGAGUAUCAUCAACGGGUUUGCGUUGCCUCUGAAGGCCGAGCACAAGCAGUUCCUGAUGAAGGUGCUCAUCCCGCUGCAUACCGCGAAAGGACUGGCCCUGUUCCACGCACAGCUGGCCUACUGUGUGGUCCAGUUCCUGGAGAAAGAUCCUACACUCACUGAACCGGUUAUCCGCGGGCUGCUGAAGUUUUGGCCAAAAACCUGCAGCCAGAAAGAGGUGAUGUUUCUGGGGGAAAUUGAGGAGAUUCUUGAUGUCAUCGAGCCAACACAGUUCAAGAAGAUCCAGGAGCCGCUGUUCAAACAGAUCUCUAAAUGUGUGGCCAAUCCACACUUUCAGGUCGCGGAGCGAGCGCUGUACUUCUGGAAUAACGAGUACAUUCUCAGCCUCAUCGAGGAAAACAUUGACAAGGUCCUUCCCAUCAUGUUUGGUAGCCUGUACCGGAUCUCCAAAGAGCACUGGAACCCGACAAUCGUAGCUCUGGUGUACAACGUGCUGAAGACUCUGAUGGAGAUGAACUGCACGCUGUUUGACGAGUUGACUUCCUCCUACAAAGCAGAGCGGCAACGGGAGAAGAAGAAGGAGCAGGAGAGGAACGAGCUGUGGAAGAAGCUGGAUGAGUUGAGGCUCAGCAGCGCCGCUCUGGUCCAGAACAACAGCCACGGGCUCCCAGGUGUCCAGAACAACAACAACAACAACAACAAUAGUAAUAGUAAUAAUAAUGACAACCAGGACAAGAGCGCUGAGGCUGCAGCCGUCCCCACAGACAACAAAGAUCCAGACGGCGGGGUGGCCGCCAGUGAGAGCACCCAAUGUGCCAAAUGACACCGGAUGGCAGUUUUUUAUUCCGCAACGGUUUGACAUCGUGUUCAGGACUGUCGGGAGAGGAUUGACGGAGACAGAAAAAACACAAAUUACACCUCAACAGUAUAUUAAAUCUACGAGAGUGACUUAGAACGCCAGCAUUUCUUUGGCAGAAAGUAUAUAUAUAUUUCAAUUUAAGACUAUUUUUGGAUGUUACAGUGUGGCUGCAGUAUAUUGUUUAUUUGUCUGAUCAAAGAUUUAUCCAUUCACAUUUAGUUUCUGAACUGAAAAUGAUUUUUUUUGUUUUGUUUAUAUUCGUUGUAUGAUACAUGGGAGGGGAGAAAAUAAUAAUGACUUGAAUUUAAUGUUUCCGAUUGUGCUGCGCUUAGACGAGCUGAAUAGCUAUUUAAAGAUGUCGAUUUUUUAAUGUGCUUUUCCUUGUUGCUGCCAACACGUGUGUGCAAACCUCAAGGAAGAAGGGAACUGCGGUCUUUGGGAGUAUUUGGGUGCAGAUGGGACCAGAUCCGUCAUUCAACAUGAAAUGUGCAUUGAUGGACAGAACAGGACCGGUAUCAGGAGCAGCUGCAGCACAGGUGUCUCACGUUACAGAUGGAGAUGGGAGGUUCAUGGCCAAAACAAACAAAACGAGAAGAUAAAUCCUAAAGAGUAAUAACCCCAGAUAUGGAUUGAUAUCUCUGUGUGACUUUAUUCACAGUUUAGGGAAGAUGGAACAUUUUUGAGAUUAUGUUUGUGUUUUCAGGUGUUCGUAAAGAUGUGAAAUGUUGUGACACAACACCUGCAUUUAUUACAUUACACUCAAGUAUUGAGACGGGCCUUUCAAGAGAUGUUCAGCCUGACUGGGACUAAAGGAAAACUUCAAUAACUUUGAGGAAUGGGUUUGGAUCAGAAGAUCCAUACCACAGUAGGAUCUUCUCAUCUCACUCAACAAGAACGAGAAUACAAGUGUUUCCCAAGAUGUCCAGCUAUCCCUCUUAAAGUAGAAGAUUAAAAAAUACGCACAUGAGACCGACAGAGUAUUGACAAGGCAAAUAUUUUUGAAUGUUUCCUUUUGCGGAUGGUUUCUGACGGGAUGCAGGAUGCGCUUGAGUGCGUGUAUGUUAGUUUGGAGGCUACUUAAAGGGAAACGCCACUCGAUUUAAGAUGUUGUGUACAGUCCAUCGUUUCUGAGGUUGUGCAGUCAGUGCUUGGGAACAUCAAUGGUUCACCGUCAACGCUGAAAAGACUUAGUCAUCUUACCACUUAUUUGGCAUUUUACAAUUCACAAGAAGCUGGUGUUGUGUAUUGUUGUAUUUUAUAUCCAAACAAGGCUCAUUUACGAAGUAGUGAUAUCCAGAUAAUGACUGCUGAGCACAGGAAAAUCCAAGUAAUCUCUGCCAUCAAUGCCUGUUCACUCCCCGCAUCUCCCGACUUUGUAACCUCACAUUUGCUUUUAGUUUCCGACGUUGGGAGUUGAUAAAUAUGUUCAUGAACUUAAUCGGACUGCCGUAGAUCAUAGGAACAACUUGUGACUUAUUUUUUUAAUUGAAUGGUGUUCCCUCUGAACCCAGAGUGUCUGCUCUUACUUCAUAUUUUUAGGUCCAGUCUUUGUUGAUGCCUUUCUGUCAGUACAGCAUUCCAACCUCUGUGACGUUUAAAAAAAAAAACUGUUUGGGGAACCUGUUUUGUAAUCGCAGAUCUUAUUUAGGUUUCACCAUAAAAUAAAGUCUACUUUAUCUUUCUACUCAAA